UUCCGUUCCGUUGGUCGCCGGCCGGGAGAAGGGACAAGUAAAUGGUAGACGUGCACCGAGAUUUUUUUUAAUCACUCAAAGAAAGUGCAACAAAUCCAGGGCUCGACGGGACCUCUGGUAGAAAUCGAGUCUGAAUAUAAGAUUACCCUGAAGAAAAAAAAUUUGUGGCAGCCAAACCUGCAGACAAGGUGUCUUCGCACUGGCUUCUGGGAAAUGUAGUUUCAACGUUCGCGAGGCGUUGUGUUUGCGAUCGAAACUACAAGCCCCACGGGCCACCGGGACGGCGCUGGUCGCCCGCGAACCAACGGUUUCGGGAGGCCCAGGGGUCGACUGAGAAGCGCCGUCUGGUUCGCGUGGAAAUUUACAUGCAAAACCAUCUGGUUGCUUAGGAAACUUGAGUCAGAGCAACAUAUAUCAAUACUGUUAAGGUCCAAGAAACCUCCAUGGUGGAACUUAAACUGCCUAGAUGAUGGAUUCUGAAUUUAUACACAGUAUAGUAGGAAGCUAUCUUAAGCCUCCAGAAAGAGUGUUUGUUCCUUCACUCACCCAGAACGAGUCACCUCAGUAUCAUCACCCCGUGAACUUUCAAGCCACAGCUCCUAAAAUGGUUAAUAGUCCAAAUAGCCAAGCACUUGUUCUAGCCUUACGGACUCUUCAGGAAAAGAUUCAUCGCUUAGAGCUGGAAAGAACACAAGCUGAAGAUAACCUAAGCAUUCUCUCCAGAGAAGCAGCGCAAUAUAAAAAGGCCUUGGAGAAUGAAACUAAUGAGAGAAAUCUGGCACACCAGGAACUGAUAAAACAGAAAAAAGAUAUAAGCAUGCAAUUAAGCUCAGCCCAGUCUCGUUGUACUAUUCUAGAGAAACAGCUUGAGUACACAAAGAGAAUGGUUCUCAAUGUAGAGCGGGAGAAGAAUAUGAUCCUUGAACAACAGGCACAGCUUCAAAGGGAAAAGGAACAAGAUCAGAUGAAGCUGCAUGCAAAACUUGAAAAGCUUGAUGUCUUAGAAAAAGAGUGUUUUAGACUGACAACAACUCAACAAACUGCUGAGGAAAAGAUUAAAUAUCUAGAGGAAAAACUUAAGGAAGAAGAACAUCAGCGUAAGCUAUUUCAAGACAAAGCUUCUGAGCUUCAAACUGGACUUGAAAUUAGCAAAAUUCUAAUGUCUUCAGUUUCAAAUUCAAAACACUCUAAAGAGAAGAAGAAAUCAUCAAAGAAAAGUAAAUGUAUAAAAGGAAGACCACCUCAGCAAAUUGAAUCAAAGCUCAGCACACCAUCUUUUAAAUGUGAAAAGUUGAACAGUUCAGACUGCUCCGUGAGUGCAAGUUUGCAAAACCUUCUGCAGCUGAUGCCUCGCUGUGGCCCACAGAGCUUUCCCAAGCCUGCGCUGGCGCUAGAGCCCAGGUGUCUCCACAAGCCUCCCAGGACAGCGUCCGGGUGCAGAACUGCGUCUUGCAGCUCAGAAAAACCCAUUGUCAUUUUUGACAAUUUGUCUGAACUUUUGAUGGCGAUGCAAGAUGAGCUGAACCAAAUGAGUCUGGAGCACAACAAGCUCCUGACACAGAGGGAGCAGACCGAAAGCCGUGCCGUCUGCGAUGACAUCGAGUGGGAACUAGAGCAGUUAGUCAAGAGAAUGGAAAUUAAAGGGGAACAAAUCUCCAAACUUAAGAAGCAUCAAAACAGUGUUCGCAAACUGCAGCAAAAGUUUCAGAACUCGUGGAAGAGUGAACCUUCAAGUACUCUGCAAGAUGACACCAACCCCAAAGGGUCAAAAUGCAUGAAAAAUAGUCCCAGGAAAUAUUUGAGUGAAACUAAUCCUUUCCCGAAACGCAGCAACUUUCAUCCGAUACAAGUUCAUAAUCUUCAAAUGAAAUUGAGAAGAGAUGAUAUCAUGUGGGAACAGUGAUACAGUAGCAAAACUGUCACCUUGAAUGAACUUUGUUAUUGAGGUCACCCAUUGUCUGAAGUGGUUUCAGAUUCAAUAUACUGUGUAAAAUUGUGAAUUAUGUUUCUUGAUUUUAUAAAACAUGA